AUGGGCGGCGCGCGGCCCGGGCGGUCGCCGCGCAGACCUCGCGGCGCACUGGGCGCGCGCGCCGUGCCCGCCUGGGCAGGGCGGCGCGGGCGGCCUGGGCUGCGCACCGGGCCCAGGAGGCCCCCCGGCGGCAGAGGCGGGAGGCGCUCGCUCUGCGGGGCCGGGCCUGGCGAUGGGCAGCGCCGGGGCGGGUCUCCUGAAGCGCAAGCGCCAGGACCUGGACGACGCCAUCGACUGCGACCGCGCAGGCCCCGCCGGAGCCGGCGCGGCGGCUCGCCGGCACGGGUGCCUCGAGGGCCUGCCGCGCCCCGAGCUGGUGCGGCUGGCGCAGGA